AUGGCCAUUUCGGAGCUCGAGACACCCACUCCCGACCAUGCUGAGGCAUUUGGAGGCACAGAACCAAUCGCCACGAAAGAUUCUGGUUCCAGUUACCUGACAGGUAUUGAGUAUUUCAUACUCGGAGCUCGGCUGGCAUCCGUACUUUACAAUUUGGUAAGCUUGAAAGGCCCUCGUAUUAUGACUGAUCACAGUACUUCGGCCUCAGAAGUCAGUACUUUUUUCGUCCCGUUUGCUCCGUUCCGUGAAUUCAAUCCAAAACUAUGGUUUGUGCAAAUAGAGGCAACACUUGCCCUACGCAAUGUGACAUCUGAAUUGAACAAGUUCCAUCAUGUAGUCGCGAUUUUGCCUCCAAACGUUCUCGAUGAAGUGUAUGAUGUUGUGCGUUCGAAUGAACCUAACCCGUACCUCAGGAUCAAGGAAGCAAUCAUUCGUCGAUUUGGACUAACUGCUAAGCAACGGCUCGAGAAGCUGCUCAGUUACACCGAAUUAGGUGAAAAGAAGCCAUCACAAUUGUUGCGGCAAAUGCAGCAACUCAUUGACGAGGAUGAAGACGAAGACAGUUUUUUGAAGGAGAUAUGGCUUAGUCGUCUCCCCGUCAACGUGCAAGCAAUGUUGUGCGUGUCUACGGAGGUAAAGCUGAAUGCUCUUGCGGAAGUCGCCGAUAGAAUCAUGGAAAGCUCGCUAGCCAAAUUCAAGGGCGAUCUGGCUUCAUGUUCCUUGAAAUUGCAUCAAGCAAUGGUUCCAUAG